AUGGCGACCUCCCUGAAGAAGUCAAACCUGCCCUCUGCCAGCCAGAGGAGAAAGAUGGGCCCGAAACCCGAACUCACAGAAGAUCAAAAGCAAGAAGUGCGGGAAGCGUUUGAUCUCUUUGAUGCUGACGGCACUGGGACCAUCGACGUGCGGGAGCUGAAGGUGGCCAUGCGGGCUCUAGGCUUUGAGCCCAGGAAAGAGGAAAUGAAGAAGAUGAUUGCGGACGUGGACAAGGAAGGCACCGGGAAGAUCAGCUUCAAUGACUUCUUGGCAGUGAUGACACAGAAGAUGUCUGAGAAAGACACCAAAGAGGAAAUCCUCAAGGCCUUUAGGCUCUUUGAUGAUGAUGAGACCGGGAAGAUCUCUCUCAAAAAUCUGAAGCGUGUGGCCAGCGAACUGGGGGAAAAUCUCACCGACGAGGAGCUGCAGGAGAUGAUAGAUGAGGCCGAUCGGGAUGGGGAUGGUGAAGUCAAUGAGGAAGAAUUUCUUCGGAUCAUGAAGAAGACCAGCCUUUAUUAG